GCGGCUGCUCGCACAAAUCUCGUGAAAAAUGAAGACUGAGUCAUAACUCGUCUUCGUCCUUCAAGCACUGUCGAUGCGCCGUUUCUCCCCCUUUUCUUUAAAACUCAAUUCGAAACGCCGUAAACCGCGUGCUCUACGCUUUUUGUUUUUUCUGGUAAGGAAAACAAAGGCGUCCGGAAGGCCCUUUCGACGGCCACGUUAUUCUCAAAAGAAGAAAAAGAAGCGCAACGGUAGUAAGGGCUUCCGUGUUGAUGAGUGCAGAUGUACGAACACACCCGUCUCUGUCUAGUUAAACAGUCGGAAUAACGGAGCACGCAUCGAAACGCUGCUUAGACACCGCCCCCUUUUUUAAUUGUGGGGGCUUUCAAGUUAAUUGCACCCGCUACUACUAUUCUUCUUUUCCAGUUCAAAAACAUAUAAAGCCGCUGCAUUGCUUUUGCGUGUUUUCUACCAAUUAUGUGUCGUAGAAAAGAAAACGACAAGGUGUGAGAUUGGAAAGAUUCGAAUGGGUUGCAUGGAGCCGUUCAUCAUCCCACGUUGCAGUCAACGUCAGCUACCGGCAUGCGGCUCAUUGCAUUCUCACGUCUGAGUUAAAAUGCAAUGAGGCAGCGCAUUCAAACCGCGGUAGAAGCGAUGCCUCGUUAAGAAAACGGGAUAGCGCGUGUUUCCUCGGCUCUUUCAUGAAAGACUUGCGCUGUCGCUAUCAGUCUCUCUCUAUAUAUUUCGAUCUCUCUGGUUCUCUCUUCUCUUGGCACGCGUAGCUCUACGUUGACGCAACUCAUAACACACGAAACGCUUUGCCUUCUUCAACUACUAUCUGAUACGCCUUUAUUCUCUUUUUUCUUCCUGUUUCUUUUUCAUGCGUGUUAUUCUCUGUUGGUAUAGGAGUUAAACGUUUAUGGUGUGCAUUCGUCCUUGCGCCAGCUCCGCUGAGAAUCUACCGUUACCUACACUUGAAAACGACUCCUUUUCUUCUCUUUCUUCUUUACUCUCUUUCAGCGCACCUCACGAGCGCACCUCACGAGCGCACCCACACCGAAGUAACUCGCUGCUGCCAUCGAUACGGUCGCCUCUCCGCGAGACGGCGAAAUGGCGUUCCCAUUCUCUCCGGCACCAAGCACCGUGUCGCCCAGCAUGGUCCAGAUGGAGUGUGUCAAGCAAAGCACACACCGAAUCGGCAGCUGGUCACCGCGGGUACUCACGAUGGACCGGCAGAGCGGCACCUUGACGAUCAGCCGCCACCAACACCCCACCGACGUCUUCUACCACACGCUGCUCCCCUCCGCCGUGCAGACGUGGCCGCACUUUUCUCUGGAGAUGCUCAACGACGAUUACUACUCCAACGAAGCAAAACUCACGCUGUGCAUAUUUGGCACAACAGCGGCGGUGCCAGACGUCGCCGCGGAGGAAGUGGCAGUGGUCGGUAUUCCUCUCCCCAGCUCCCAUGCUGGGAUGGCAGCUCUGUCGGGGACGUCCUUCCCUCCGCCCUCUCUGCCUCCGGCAGCGGCGUACACCCCUCUCACGGCGGUUGCGGUGAACAACACCUCUGCCGCAGUGGCGACACGCGUCACCAACAGGUCGCGGCGUGAGAAGCCGGGCAAGUUCGAUGCGUGGGUCCUUCGCUUCACCUCGAAGGCGCCGUACAAUGUGGCGGUGCAAGCGCUGGCGCAACUGCCCGGCGUGAAGUUCUCGAAGAAGGAGAACCUGCCCGGUGUUGGGACGUGUACGAAGGAGGUGCCGUUCUCUGCUGGCGCUCUCGGAGCGCUAAGUGUGACGACGGUCCCCUCGCACCGAUCACGGAGACGUGGCAGCGCGUUCCAGUGA